GCCCUGCCCACAGCCAAGAUGGCGCUGGCGGCCUCAGGCGGCGGCGCGGCGGGUCCGUGCUCGCUGCCGGUGCUGCUGCUGUUCCUCCCGUUCCUCCCGGGGCUGGCGGCCGGUCCCGCCGGGAUGCUGCAGCCCCGGGACACCCCCUCCCGCGAGCGCAGGGAGCUCGGCGGGCUCUGGAGCUUCCGCGCCGAUCUGUCUCCGGGCAGGGACGCCGGCUUCGCGCAGCGCUGGUACCGGCGGCCGCUCCGGCAGAGCGGCCCUGUCAUUGACAUGCCGGUGCCUGCCAGCUUCAACGACAUCACGCAGGAGCCCAGCCUGGAGAACUACAUCGGCUGGGUGUGGUACGAGAAGGAGGUGCUGCUGCCGCCGCGCUGGCUGCAGGGCGAUCCCGCCCCCCGGCUGCUGCUGCGCUUCGGCAGCGCCCAUUACUACUGCAUCGUGUGGGUGAACGGGGUGCAGGUGGUGGAGCACGAAGGGGGGCACCUGCCCUUUGAGGCUGACAUCAGCAGCGUGGUGCAGAGCAGCCCAGACACCCUGUGCCGCAUCACUGUGGCCCUCAACAACACCCUGACCCCCCACACGCUGCCCCCGGGCUCCAUCCAGUACAUGGCUGACAAGUCAAGGUACCCCAAGAACUACUUUGUGCAGGACACCAAGUUUGAUUUCUUUAAUUAUGCUGGCAUCCACCGCCCAGUUGUGCUGUACACCACCCCUGCUGCCUACAUCGAUGACAUCACUGUCACAACCACUUCAUCAGACACUCUUGCCACGGUGCAGUAUCAGGUGGCAGUGGCUGGCAGCACAGCCAGUUCCUUGUCCCUGAGUUUGCGUGACCAAGAGGGGAAGGUGGUUGCUACAGGUGAUGGCCCAGUGGGAGAGCUCAAAGUCCUCAACCCAAACCUCUGGUGGCCUUACCUGAUGCACGAGAACCCUGGAUACCUGUACUCCUUGGAGGUGAGGCUGCAGGCCCAGGUGGGCAGGGCCCUGCUGGAGGACGUGUACACGCUCCCGGUGGGCAUCCGCACCGUGCACGUCACCAGCAGCCAGUUCCUCAUCAACGGCAGGCCCUUCUACUUCCACGGGGUCAACAAGCACGAGGAUGCAGAUAUCCGUGGUAAAGGCCUGGACUGGGCCCUGAUUGUGAAGGACUUCAACCUGCUGCGCUGGCUGGGGGCCAACUCGUUCCGCACCAGCCACUACCCGUACGCCGAGGAGAUCAUGGACCUGUGCGACGCCUACGGCAUCGCGGUCAUCGACGAGAGCCCGGGGGUGGGCAUCAAACUGCCGGAGAGCUUUGGGAACAAGUCCCUGCAGCAUCACCUGGCCGUGAUGGAGGAGCUGGUCCGCAGGGAUAAGAACAGGCCCUCGGUGGUCAUGUGGUCAGUGGCCAACGAGCCGGCCUCAGAGCUGCCCCCAGCUGCUCACUACUUCAAGACAGUGAUAGCUCACACUAAAGCUCUCGACCCCUCCAGACCAGUCACCUUUGUGACAGAUGCUAAUUACGCUCUUGAUCGUGGUGCUCCCUAUGUGGAUGUGAUUUGUGUGAACAGCUACUUCUCCUGGUACCACGACCCAGGCCACCUGGAAGUGAUCCCACUCCAACUCACAGCCCAGUUUGAGAACUGGUACAAAACCUACCAAAAACCCAUCAUCCAGAGUGAAUAUGGAGCAGACUCAGUGCCCGGGCUGCACAGUGACCCCCCCAUGAUGUUCACUGAGGAGUACCAGCAGGCCCUGCUCAGGGGCUACCACUCUGUCCUGGACAAGAAGAGGAAGGAGUACGUGAUCGGGGAGCUCAUCUGGAAUUUUGCUGAUUUCAUGACCAAUCAAGGGACGACACGAGUUCUGGGGAACAAGAAAGGAAUCUUCACCCGCCAGCGCCAGCCCAAAGCCGCUGCCUUUGUUCUGAGGGACAGGUACUGGAGGAUUGCAAAUGAAUCAAGCUGUCUUCCUCCUGUAAUGACAUCACAUUCCCUCUUCCUCAAAUGAAAACAAAGGGGUCAGUGGCUGGGGAUUAUGUUGAACUCGUUAUUAAAUCUCUGUUUAAAUAAG